AUGAAGACUCAAUUGCUCGAACUGUCCGCCUGUAUUGCAGAUUGUGAUGGCUCUUUUGCAGACAACAAUCUGCCUUCGUAUUUCCACCAUCAUCUUCUUCCUCGUCUUUCUCCUUUCCGAGAAAUCUCAUUGUAUCAGAAUUCCGAAUCGAAUUGUUGAACCUAUUAAGACUACUUCAAGCCAUCAGUCCUUGAAAACCGCAGUUUUUGCUCUUGGAAGUUUCUGGAGAUCCGAAGCUGUCUUCGGUUGCUUGGAUGGAGUUGUCCGGACCACCGUCGGCUAUGCCGGUGGUACUAAACACAAUCCUGAGUACCGUAGCUUGGGGGAUCACGCCGAGUCUGUUCGGGUUGAAUAUGAUCCUAAGCUUAUUAGUUUUAGGCAACUGUUAGAGGUUUUUUGGUCCAGUCAUGAUUCGAGGCAAGUGUUUGGGCAAGGUCCUGAUGUGGGCAACCAGUAUAGAUCUAUCAUUUUUACUAUUAAUGAUACUGAGGAAUCUAGACUGGCUACUGUUAGCAAAGAAAAAGAGCAACUGAAGUCAAGAGGAAGUGCUGUAACUACACAAAUUCAGGAACUUGGAGCAUUUUAUCCUGCUGAGCCUGAACAUCAGAAAUUUGAGCUGAAGAGGAAUCCAUUUUUUAUUCAAUUAAUGGGUAACUUGCCAGAAGAGGAGCUUGAGAUGUCCACUUUGGCAGCAAAUAUGAAUGGGUACGCCGCAGAGCUAUGCCCUCCAAAGACUCAGAAGCAAAUCGAUGCCAAGAUCAACGAUAUUAUCAAGAAAGGAUGGCCUAUUCUGAGAGAAAAAUAACUUCAUGUUCUUGCAAACUUCUAGCUUGGUAGCAAACCGAUGCUGUUGCAUCAGUGUUGGUCUUCUUGUUAGAUUGCAGAAGCCCAAAUUGUUUGAUCAUCCAUUGAAUUUACUCUCUCAGCUUCAAUUUUUUUGUAGCUACAAAUUUCAUUUUUUUGGUUCAAACCCAUUAUUAUGUAGAUUGAUUACUCCUUACCAAUUGGGAAUAUUUCAUUCUUUAAACAUUUCGUUUUCCCCGUCUGUCAUCAAGAAACUGAGCUAUGUUGUACCUCAGUUUCAGAUUUAGGGUAACAGAGUAUUGAAGAUUCAGGCUCA